AAAGCCCGCAGAUCCGACCCCACUCGUCGACUCGAGGAUGCUGGUCUAUGUGAGGAGCCCCAGCGGCAGGACAAUAUGCCUCAGGGCCCAGCCAUCAGAUACCCUGAAUACUAUUAAGGCAAAGAUUCUGGAACAACACCGCCUUGUCUUUGAUGGAGUACAGCUAGAGGACAACCUUACACUGGCUGAUUACGGCAUCCAGCAUCAAUCCACAAUUGAUCUCCAAGAAAAGAUGCAAAUCUAUGUAAUGGAGACGCUAGUAGGCAGGAGCAUCACUCUUGAGGUUGACAGCUUAGAUACUAUUGAGAAAGUGAAGACCAAGAUUGAAAGUUCCGAGGGAUUACCCAAGGGCCAGCAGUGCCUCAUUUUUGCCAACAAACAGCUGAAGGACAACAGCACAUUGGCGGACCACAACAUUUGCAAGGAGUCCACCCUUCUCCUUGUCCUCCAUCCAUUUCCAAGAGCCGAAGGUACUAUGCGGAUCUCGGCGAUGAGAUUAGAUGGAAAGAGGAUACCUCUCGAGGUCGAGAGCUCAGAUACUAUCAGCACUGUCAAGGUGAAGAUCUAUGAGAAGGAUGGCACUCGCCCCAUACAACAACGCAUUGUCUAUGCCGGCAAGCAGCUGGAGGACAGCCGCACCCUGGCGGACUACUACAUCCAGAAUGAGUCUACCAUCCAUGUGGUGCUCUGUCUUUGUGGUUGUUGA